AGUCUUGUCGAUCGCGCACGAUUUCGUCCACCGAAGACCCGAAACGCGCGGCGAUGACGAAGGUCCACCCCAACGCCUCUCCGGCGGUUCCACCCAGUUAUGAAUCGGAAUCUCCCUGUGGCAGCGGAGGAAAGCCGGCGGAGGCGGUGGUCUUUACAGUGUGGCGGAAGUCGCUCCUCUUUAACGGGAAUGGGUUCACGGUGUUCGAUGCCCAGGGAAAUUUGGUGUUUCGAGUCGAAAACUACUCGGCUGGGAGUAGAAAUGAGUUCGUUCUCAUGGACGCCGCCGGCAAGCCGCUGCUUACCAUCCGGAGAAAGAAGCUGAGUCUUGGAGAUCACUGGCUGAUUUACAAUGGUGAUGAGAGCGCCAAUCCUCAGUUUGCCGUCAAGAAGCGCACGAACCUCUGGCUCUCAAAGGGGAUGGCACGAGUGACUCCAUGCACUUCUGGUGCCAAGGCAUGCCUCACCUAUGACAUCGUGGGCUCUUACUCAGAGCGAUGCUGCGCCAUCUAUGACCACAACAGACAGCAGAUGGCGGAGAUCAAGAGAAAGGAAUCUGCCCAAGGCAUUGCCCUUGGCCUUGAUGUCUUCCGACUGAUCGUGGAGCUAGAAUUCGACUCAUCUCUCACUAUGGCCAUCGUGAUAAUUCUCGAUCAAAUGUUUGGAUUCAGAGGAUUCCUUUCCAGAGGUUAAAGCUAAAGCUUCUCCGGCUGUUGAGCUUGUAUUUUAUCAGGUUGUUACUUAUUGCUCUCUCCUCAAAGUUUGUAACCACAGAACAGAAGAGCCAAAAUAACAGAGUGAAAGAAGGUGGCUUCUUGUAUGUGCAUAAGAUGAGAGGAACAAGUGACAAACAAUGAGCGCAAAGAAAGUAAAAAAGCACCGUGUUUGUAUUGCUCCUCACUGUAUACUACGAGGAAGGCAGAUGCCGAAAGCAGUUUAUUAGACUUGAAACAUUUUACAAUCGGAACAAAUAAUAUUAAAUUUGUAUAGUUUCUCCAA